AUGUCGAAGUUUGCGGCCUAUCCCGUGGAUAAGAACGUGAAGCAGUACGACGAGUACAAGUUCACCCUACCGGAGGUGUAUCGUGAGGUCGCCAAGGAGGAGCUCCGUGAGGAUGAGGUGGUUCGUGAGAAAGCCCUCGCAGAAAUGCGUCUCUGGAUCGCGAACAAUCCUCACAUCCGCAAGUGCCGUACGGAUGCAAAAUUCCUGCUACGGUUCCUGCGCUUCCGCCAAUUUUCUGUACCGAUGGCUUGCGAAGCACUGGAGCGCUAUCUGACGAUGCGUGAAAUGUAUCCGAGCUGGUUCAAGAAGCUCGACAGUGGCAGUGAGAAGAUGAAGGAAUUGUUCAUGGCUGGUGCUACGUCGAUUGUCGGCCAGGAUAGUAAUGGCCGCACGGUAGUGUUUUUCCGCAUGGCACGCUUUCUUCCGGAGUUGUUCGAACCACCGUACGGUGGUAUGUUUAUUGCACUGCUGAUUGAGGCUAUGCUCGAAUGGGAGGAGGUACAAAUCGGUGGCCUACAGGUGAUGGUGGACUACACCGAUAUAGACUUGAAGCUGUUCGAAAAGUGGGGAACUUCGGAGCUGAAACUGGUGAUUGAAGCUUACACGCGCUGGUACCCGGUACGUUAUCACGAUACGCACGCUGCCAAGCUUCCGAAGAAAGCCUUGCCGAUAAUCGAGAAGAUUCUGUCCUUCACCAACCCGAAGAUAAGAGAGCAAAUCAAUUGCUACGCCAAUGUGGCCGAUAUGGAGAAACACUUCGAACCUUCGAUAGCACCGAAAGGUUACGGCGGUAAUGUAGAUCUGGAUGGCGACGUUAAUCCGGCAGUGUGGAAACGCAUCGAACAGCAACGGGAUAUCAUCCUUGGGCUGGAUCGGAUGGAGAUCGAUUACGAUUACUAUGCACCGAUUUGGGAUGAGCACAAUGCAGCGCUGGCGAUCGAGACACCUUCGGUUUAA